AGGUGCAAUAAUCCUAAAAAAGGUAUCAAAUGCAACCAUGUGAGGUUCAGAAAACAAGGGCCAAAGCACCUUGAUGAUCUACAUCUAUUGUUUGAUAAGAUACAUGUCAAGGCGCUUAGUGCAUCCUACUACGGAGAUAUAUCCUCCGAUGAGUCAAGUGAUGACGGCGCGAGUGAGGUACAAAAAACUCAAGACAUUGAUGAUGUGAGGUUGGCUGCUUUGAAGAAAUCAAAGCCGGGAAAAGAAACGCAAGGAACACUCUAG